UAUUUUAUAUAUUGUCUAUGGUGUAACGUAAGUGAACAUAGCUUUUAUAUAAUUAAAUUUUGAAAUUAAAUUUAAAAUUAUGUAAAUAAGUAUUUAACAAAAAAAAAUAUAAUAAAAUGAAUUUAAUCAUAAAAAAUGUAUUUUCUUACAAAAUAAAUAAAAUAUAUCAUCAAUUUUUACAUACUGAAACGAAGUUAAAAAAACAAAUAAAAUGGUUAACACCUGCAGGAUAUAAAACGGAUAUUGUAAUCUAUAAUCCAAUAACAAAAUGUAAAGUACCCUUAAUUUUAAAAAAUAAAAAUAUUCUAACGUGGUAUGUAUGUGGUCCUACUGUAUAUGAUUCUGCACAUAUAGGACAUGCAAUGACUUAUGUACAUUCGGAUAUUAUCAGAAGAAUAUUAACAGACCAUUUUAAUAUAAAUAUUGUAAUGGCCAUGUGUUUAACAGAUAUAGAUGAUAAAAUAAUAAUACGUUCAAAAGAAUUAAAACAGAAUUAUAAAGAUUUAACAAGAUAUUAUGAAGAUGAAUUUAUUGAAGAUAUGAAAAUGUUAAAUGUUAUUAAGCCUCAUUUAUAUUGUAGAGUUACUGAUUAUAUACCACAAAUUAUUCAAUUUGUAAAAAACAUUGUAGAUAAAGGCAAUGCUUAUGUUUUAAAAGAUGGAUCAGUUUAUUUUGAUACAUGUAAAUAUGAAAUGUAUGGCAAAUUAUCAACACCAUUAUUAGAUAAUUGUCAUCCAGAUAAAAAGUCUGCAAUGGAUUUUUGUCUUUGGAAAGCAGCUAAAGAAAAUGAACCAUGUUGGAAAUCUUUAUGGGGUUUUGGAAGACCAGGAUGGCAUAUAGAAUGUAGCACAAUUGCAAGUACAGUUUUUGGAAAUUCUGUGGACAUUCAUAGUGGUGGAAUAGAUCUUAUGUUUCCACAUCAUGAAAAUGAAGAAGCACAAUCUUGUUCUUAUCAUGAAGUAGAACAAUGGGUAAAUUAUUGGAUACAUUGUGGGCAUUUAUCUUUAAAGGAUGUAAAAAUGUCAAAAAGCCUUAAAAAUGUUAUUAGCAUAAAAGAAUUUCUUAAAAAAUAUACAGCAAAUCAAUUUAGAAUGCUUUGUCUACUUUCUAAUUAUAAAAAUGAACUAAAAUUUUCUGAUGUUAUAAUGAAUAAUGCAAUAGAUAUAUUACAUAAAAUUGAACAUUUUAUUAACAAUUGUGAUAACUAUAUUACUGGAAAAUGGAAUAUUGGCAAUAUAGAUGAAGUUGCAUUACUUCGUUGUUUAGAAGAAACAAAAAACAAUGUUAAUAUUGCAUUAGCAGAUGAUUUUAAUACAGUACAAGCUAUAAAAUCAUUGAUAAAUCUAAUUGAUAUAGGAAAUAAAAUGUUACAUGAUUCUAAGGAUAGAAAAAUUACUUGUGGUACUUGUAUACCUGCUAUAGUUGCAGUAUUAAAUUAUAUAUCAACAAUAUUUUCAAAAUUUGGAAUUUCAAAUUCUUCAACAAUAAAUGACAAUAAAAUAAACAAUCUCAUUGAAUGUUUAAUUAAAUUUAGACAUAUUGUUCGUAAUAAAGUUUUAGAACAUGAUGUAAAAGAUAAAACUUUACUUAUUGCAUGUGAUAAAAUACGAUCAGAACUUUCCACUUAUGGUAUAAUAAUAAAGGAUUGUAAAACUGAAACAAUUUGGAACAUCAAAAGAUAUUAAACAAAAAUCAGCAUUCUUUUAUUAUAUUGAAUAUUUUUAAUAAAAAAUGAAAUGAUUAAAAUUUA